UGGACUGUGACACGUAGGUGCGCCGUGUGUUUACGUGACCAGGACGCUUGUACCUGGGCCAGGGGAGGCGGACAGGACCGUUCUGCCGGCCCGUCUCGAAACCGUCUCACGAUCCCGAAGAGCUGAGAGCAUGGAGGCGAGGGACGCGGCUGCAGGUGCUCGCUUUGUUGAGCAGACCUCUGAGGCUGUGGGCCCUGAUGGGGGCCAACAAGCUCCACAGCAGGAUGCGGCUGCUAAAGCGGAGGGGCCCCCAGAAAAAAGCAGGAUGGAGCGGCUGUUUGGCUUCAGGACGGAGGACCUCAGUUCCUGGCAGCGCCUGGUCGCCCUGCUGAACCGCCCCACUGACCCGGCAUCUCUGGGCAUCUUCCGCUGUUUGUUUGGCAUGCUGAUGGCCAUCGACAUCACCCAGGAGCGUGGCCUCAGUCACCUGGACUACAAGUACCUGGACGGCGCCCCGGUGUGCCGCUUCCCCCUCUUCAACUUCUUGCAGCCGCUGCCGAUGGACUGGAUGUACUUUGUCUAUGUGGUGAUGUUCCUGGGCGCUGUGGGCAUCAUGCUCGGCUGUUUCUACCGCCUGUCCUGCCUCAUGUUCAUUUCAACAUACUGGUACAUCUUCUUCCUGGACAAAACGGCAUGGAACAACCACUCUUACCUCUACGGCCUCAUUGGGUUUCAGCUCACACUCAUGGACGGCAACAGAUUCUGGUCAAUUGAUGGAUUACGGAAACCUGCUAUAAGAAAUGCCCAUGUGCCUCUGUGGAACUACACUUUGUUGAGGACCCAGAUAUUCAUUGUAUACUUCAUCGCUGGAGUCAAAAAACUGGAUGCCGACUGGGUGGAAGGAUACUCGAUGUCGUAUUUGGCACACCACUGGCUUUUUGAUCCUUUCAAAGUGAUUCUGCCUGUGGAGUUGGUGAGUCUGCUGGUGGUGCACGGAGGAGGUCUCAUCCUCGAUCUGACGGCUGGCUACCUGUUGUUUUUUGAUGCCACGCGACGUUAUGCGUUCAUCCCUGUCUCUUACUUCCACUGCAUGAACUCUCAGCUCUUCAGCAUUGGGAUGUUCUCCUACACAAUGCUGGCCACCAGUCCUCUCUUCUGCUAUCCUGACUGGCCAAGAAGGUUCUUUGCCCGCUUCCCAUCACUGCUCAGGCCCGUCCUGCCUUUCACGACCACAGAUAUUCAAACCAGUGCUUCCUGUGUCUACCCUGAGACCCAGAGUUCAGGCAAAGACCGCCAGGAGACCCGGUCUGCCACCAGGCCCUCCAAACUGAGGCUUAAGCACAAGCUGGGAGCCAUUUUCACUCUUCUCUAUUUGGCUGAACAGUUUUUCCUGCCGUAUUCCCACUUCAUCACACAGGGUUACAACAACUGGACCAAUGGCUUGUAUGGAUACUCCUGGGACAUGAUGGUUCACUCCCGCAGCCAUCAGCACGUCAAGAUCACCUACAAAGACGGGAAAACUGGAGAAAUAGGAUAUCUGAACCCAGGGGUGUUCACACAAAGCCGUCGCUGGAAGGAUCACGGGGACAUGCUAAAGCAGUACGCCACAUGCCUCAGUCACUUCCUGCCUCGCUAUAAUAUCACGGACCCCGAAAUUUAUUUUGACAUCUGGGUGUCCAUCAACGAACGCUUCCAGCAAAGGAUCUUUGAUCCCCGUGUGGACAUUGUCAGAGCGGAUUGGUCACCUUUCCGCCCAAACCCGUGGUUAAUGCCCCUGCUGGUAGACCUCUCACCUUGGAGGACCAAGUUUCAGGAGAUUGAGGGAAAACUGGACAAUCAGACUGAGAUCGUCUUUAUUGCUGAUUUCCCAGGUCUCCACCUGGAAAACUUUGUGAGUGAAGACCUGGGCAACACCAGUGUCCAGGUGCUGCAGGGCCAGGUGAACGUUGAGAUCGUAGAGGAGAAGAAGAACUAUACUCUGCAGCCUGGUGAGCAGAUGAAGCUACCUGCCGGGGCCUACCAUAAGGUAUACACAGUGUCUGAAGAACCUUCUUGCUACAUGUACAUCUACGUCAACACCACAGAGGCAGCACUACAGGAGAACUUCACUAAGCUGUUUGAGCUGCAAGAGCGAGUUCGCAACGGAACAGAAACCGAGCCCCUCCCACCAGAGCUGCAGCCGCUUAUGUCUGCAGACGACAGCGACGAGUCAGAAAUUAAUGCCACCGACCCGAUCGUCCGGCUGUUCCUGAAGAGGCAGCGUCGCAUGAAGGAGGUGAAGAAGCGCAAGGAGGCCAACGUGCUUGAGCGACUGAACCGCUUCACUGUGAAGAAGUACUACAUGAUACGAAGGGGAUUCUUGAUGACAGCCAUUGCUCUGCGAAAUCUUGCCGUGGGCCUUCCUCCUGUGGAACAGCUGACGAGGGAAGUCGCCUUCGCCAAUAUGAAAGAGCCUCAGGCGGAAGCCAACGACGAUGAACGCCUCAAAGAUGAAGUCGGUCACGGAGAGCUUUAAAGGAAUUUUUAGGAACAAAAAUAUAGAAGUGCCUGUGAGCAUUGGAUCACACAGACAAAUGUGUGGGUACUUACUACUGGACUGUUACUGCACCGGGUACAGUGCUACUCAGAGAUCAAAGUUGUUUUUUUUUCUUUAAUUUUUAUGCAUCUGAAACUCUUGGAAUUUCAGAUAAAUAUCUGAUGUCAGUAUUUUGUUACACAGUUGAAUUUCAAUUAAUGAAUUUCAAUUUUGAACAGGUUUCUAUGAAUUGUGGCUAUAGCAAAAUAAGCUUCGCUGUGCAAGAUCACAUGUAUUUGUUCACUGGUUUAGGUAUUUUAUAUUUUCUGUAAUUCAAGCCAACUCAUACAAAACCAUUUAUGAGCAUACUUGCAUUUCCCUGGCCUGAGAGGUGGUUCGUUUUCAAAGGUUAUGGCUGCUCGGUUCCUGUGAAUGAAGUCGCUAACCCCAUAAUGUGACAAGAAUUGAAUUACAAAAAAUAUGAAACAUCACUUGGUGGCCUGUCAGAUAAUUGCCUUCUCUGGUCCCCUUUUAUAAUAAAGAGCUAAUGUGGAAA